GGAUGUAUAUGCAUUUGAUGUUGUUGUCUUACAAGUUUAUUGUUUUACAUUUGAGGCCAAAUUAGAAAUACGACAAUCAUUUAGGAAUAGAUAUAAAAUAAAUUACAAGAAGAGGCACACCAACUAAGAGGUAAUAAUGCCAAAACUAGAGUCAAACUUGCGAUAUUCCUCUGCAUAAAAUACCACCAAGUCAACUCGUUGCAGAAUCAUUAGUACUGAGAUCCCAUUAUUCUAAUCAUAAAAUCAUUGCGAAGCUCCUUUCUGAAUUCUUUAAAACGGAACGAAAUUCCCUCCAGCACGAUGCACAAACCAAAAACAAGAAGCUGCCAAUCAGAAAAAAAUGGCCGCAGAAAAACCAAAUGCUCUUGCAACCUCUGUAUUCCUCUGUUUUCUUUCUUUAGCUCUGUUUCCAACCUCCCUCGCCGGUGGCCGCGGUGGCAUAAGCAUCUACUGGGGCCAAAACGGUUUCGAGGGAAACUUAACCGCCACUUGCGCCACCGGUAGAUAUUCCUAUGUCAACUUAGCCUUUCUAAUCCAAUUCGGCAACGGCCAAACCCCGGUGAUCAACCUCGCCGGCCACUGCAAUCCCGCCGUGAAUGGAUGCACAAUCAUCACCGACGGCGUGCGUUACUGCCAGAGCCGCGGCAUUAAGGUGUUGCUGUCCCUCGGCGGCGGCGUUGGGAGCUAUUCUUUAGCAUCGACAGAAGAUGCCAAAAACGUAUCCCUUUAUUUAUGGAACAAUUUCUUGGGUGGAACCUCGGAUUCGAGACCAUUAGGAAGUGCGGUUUUGGAUGGAAUCGAUUUCGAUAUCGAACUCGGGUCAACCCUUUAUUGGAAUGAUCUUGCAAGAUUCUUAAAGGGCUAUUCGUCUUCAUGUAAGCCGAGAGGAAGAAAGGUUUACUUAAGUGCUGCCCCACAAUGUCCAUUUCCGGACAAAUUCCUCGGAACUGCGCUCAGUGAAGGUCUUUUUGACUUCGUUUGGGUUCAGUUUUACAACAAUCCUCCAUGCUCGUACGCUGCUGGGGAUACUAACAAGCUCCUGAGUUCUUGGAAUCAGUGGACUACAAGCAUUAAAGCUCGGAAAUUUUUCUUGGGGUUGCCGGCAGCUCCACAGGCAGCCGGAAGUGGGUUCGUUCCGCCGGAUGUGUUGACUUCCCAAAUUCUGCCGGAGAUAAAGAAGUCGCCCAAGUAUGGUGGGGUGAUGCUUUGGUCAAAGUACUGGGAUGAUCAGUCUGGAUAUAGUGCGUCCAUUUUUAAAAGCGUCAUUUGACUUGUGUAGUAAAUCAAAUAGGGUGCUCAAGUGGCUCACUCCACUGACACUGAGUAUUGGGAUUUUUAUUUUUAUUUUUCUUUUCUGGUAUGUUUGGUUUGAAUUUGCAAUGAUACCGUUAACGAACUUUAAUUUCCAUUUCGC